AUGUCUAAGGAUACGAAAUUUUUUGCGAGACCAAAAGUAAGAUUUUGUCAACCGGAUACCGGUAAAUCGGUAACAAAAGAAUUAAAAAGCUUGACUGAUCAAAAUGGUAUUAAGAAUAAGCCGAAAAUCCUAAGUGUUGUAAGACUAGAUAAACCUGUUAAAUUAGUGAAAUCGAAUGAAAUAUCUGGCAAUCAGGAAAAUAAAAAUUCAAAGCUUGUUGAUAAUGCAUCAAACUUCACAUUACGUGCUAGUGCAUCUCCUUGUUCAAUUGGAACCUCGUCCUCUUUGGAUAAAAAUACUAUCAAAACAGAAAAUCAGAAUCCUUUAAAUGAUGCUAACAAUAGUCAGAAUAUUAAAGCAAAUAUUAAAGAAGCUAAUAUUCCCAAAAUUUCUAUUAAACUUCCAAACAAUGACAUAACAGUUUCUACAGAUUCUCCCAUUGCACAAAGUGAAAGUUUAGACAAGACACUUAAAUCAAAAAAUUCUGACAAAACUAAUGGUUCAAAGAAAGACUACACUAAAGGUAGAAGAGAAAAAGAAAAUAAAUCAACAGUUGUCAAAAAAAAUAUUAAAACUGUAACUACAAAAUCCACAGAUUUAGACAUUUUAAAACAUAAGAAUCGACUUUCUUCUGCUGGCACUGGUACAAAAAAGUUAACUGCCACACAGAAGACAUCUAGUUCAAUUACAAUAAAAAAGAAUUUAAAUUCAAAACUUCGUGAUAUUAUGCCAUGUUAUAAAUACAGUAAAGUUGUAAGAGAUAUAAUUGGUCCUAAAAUACAGCCAUACAUAGGUCCAGGAGUAUCACACAGUCAGCCAGAUGAUUUAGCAAUUUUAGAAACAGAUGAAAACAUUCAUACAAAGCCAAUUAUUUCUGGAGGAAAAUUGGCAAAACCAGAAUAUAAUUCUAUUAUGUGUACAAUUAAUAAAUUAAAUGAAAUGAAGAAACAAAAAGUUAUAACUGAUAUUGAACAUUUACCAGCUCCGUAUAAAAAUGUUAUAAAUGGAAAGGUUUCUACUGCUUUAGAUUUCCCUCUUGAUGAAGCAGUUUACAAAGAUUUGGUAGACUUAUCCAUAAAUGAAAAUCAAUUGCCAAGCAGAUUAACUCGUAGUAAAGAUCCAGAGCCAAGACAGAAAGAUGUUGUGCCAAUACUCUCUGACUUUUUUACACCUAUAUCUACUGAGGAAUAUUGUACUCCUGUUUCUAUAAAACCACGAAUUCCAGAAAUUGUAGACAGUUGGAAUGCCUUUAGAAUAAGUGAUCAAAUAAGUGAAUGGAAACACAUUUUAAAUCAUGUAUAACUGGAUUAGUAUUUUUAUAUUAUGCAUAACUUAUUUGUUAAUUGCUAUUUGGAAACCACUUUGGUAAAUGUAUCUUUUUGUAAAAUGUAAAAUAUUUUUUAUAAAACUUAUUGAAUGAGAUUGUUUAACAGACAUUUUGUAAAAUAUAUAUGUUGAAAUAUAAAAAAAAUAAUAAAUGAAUAUAUGUACAA